AUGGUUAGACUUAUCCCCUUUUUCUCAGCAAUCGCGGCUGUGGUGUUUGCUGCUGAGUCAGAGUCGAAGGUUCAUCAGUUGACUGAUGACAACAUGGAGGAUUUCGUGAAGGGCCACAAAUACGCCCUGGUGAAGUUCUACGCCCCUUGGUGUGGCCAUUGUAAGAAGAUUGCUCCCGAGUUCGAGCAGGCCGCUGCUGAGCUCGCCGAGGAGGUCGAGGACGCGACCCUUGCCCUCGGGGAGCUUGAUGCCACGGAGCAUAAGAAGAUGGCUGAGAAGUAUGCUAUCCGUGGUUACCCUACUCUGUACUGGUUUGUUAACGGUGAGCACACCGAGUAUGGUGGUGGUCGAACUGCUGCUGAGAUCAAGUCCUGGUGCAUCGAUAUGACUGGGCCUGCAGUGAAGGAAAUCGGCAGCCGUAAAUUGGCUGAGGAGCAAGCUGAGACCAAGCCCAUUUGUGUGUAUGAGGGACGUGAGGUUUCCAAUGAUUUUGGGGAGGUCGCGGCGAACAAGAGAUCUGCUUUCACUUUUUAUCAUGUUGCGAGCGACUCUGAUAAGCCGACCGUUACCAUCCAGCAUAAGGGUGAGGAGGGUGUUGAGUGUGAUGACCUUUCCCUUAAUGGUCUUAAGAGUUGCUUGGCAAAGAAUGAGCUCCCUCUGUUCGGUGUUCUCGACGGUGAGUCCUAUGGUAAAUACAUGUCUGUUGGGAAGGGCCUCGUAUGGGGCUGCUUCGAGCAAGAGUCCAGUGAGGAUCUUGAGAAGGUUGCCGAGGAGUAUCGUCCUCUCAUGAACGAGCUUGCCAAGGAGUUUCAGGAUGAGUUCGCGUUCACUUACAUUGAUACUGUUCAGUUCAAGAGCGCUAUUGAGGGUAUGCUCGGUGUGACUGAGUUUCCCACUUUGGCUGUAAACAAGAAGGCUGGUGACAAGAUGAAGUAUCUGUACACUGGUGAGAUGACUAAGGAGAAGAUCGCGGAGUUCCUUAAGGGUGUUCUUGCCGGCACCAUCGAGCCCACUUUGAAGUCUGAGCCUGUUCCUGGUUCUCAGGAUGAGGCUGUACAUGUCGUCGUUGGGUCAACUCUCGAGAAGGAUCUCUUCCAGGCCGAUAAGGAUGUCCUUUUCGAGGUCUAUGCCCCUUGGUGUGGUCACUGCAAGAAGCUUGCUCCUGAGUAUGAGAAGGUCGCCAAAAAGGUUGCCAAGGAGGGAGUUGAUGAUAUGAUUUUGAUUGCCAAGAUGGAUGGCACUGCUAAUGAUUCUCCCGUUGAGAGUAUUUCAUGGGAUGGUUUCCCGAGCCUUUUCUAUGUAAAGGCUGGGGGAAGUGAGCCCGUCAAGUAUGAUGGUCCCCGUGAUGCCAAGGGCAUUUGGAAGUGGAUCAAGAAGCAUCAUUCUAACGCUGACACUUUGAAGCAGCGUCUUGCUGCCUCUAGGGCUGCCGAAAAGGAAGAGGCUGAGAAGGGUGACGAGCUGUAAGGAACGUUGAGAGCGAAGUGUCUUGUUAUGUCUUGUAACGUCCUCGUCCGUUUCACAGCAGCAUUACUAGAGUAGUCAUAGCGUGUUCAUACUGUCAUGGAAAGUGACUGUAUCUGUGUGAUGAUGCUGUUAGCGGCGUGGAAUAAAUACUUUCAAGUCUG